AUGUCUGAUACGUUCAUAGAUUACUAUGCCAUCCUUGAUGUAGCGCCGACCGCAACUCAAGAACAAAUCCGCACAGCCUACAAGAAGGCAGCCCUCAAGAACCACCCUGAUCGUGUGCCAGUAGACGACAAAUCCCGUCCAGCACGAACCAAGAAAUUUCAACGCAUCAACGACGCAUACUAUACCCUCAGCGACCCAACAAGACGGCGGGAUUACGACGCAACGCGACAAUUUCACUCAGGAACAGGUACCACUUUCGACGACGACGAAGACCAAGGAGCAGGAGAUGGUCAGAAACCAGCAGCAGGCGGCUUCCCAUGGUCUUCCUUCUUCGGCACAAAGCCAGCACAGUCUGAGGAAGCCAAGUUCAGCCACGACCAAUUCGGUAACGUCUUCGAGGAGAUGAUGCGCGACGCGGAUCUAGCUGAAGAAGACGGAGAAGAUCCCAACCGCACAACAAGGCCAAAUACCCGGUUCUGGACUAUUGUCGGAGCAGCAAGUGGGUUCGGACUCGGCGUGAUCAUCGGCAACAUUACUGGUGGCAUUGCUGGGGCUGCGGCGGGUGCCAAACUGGGUGGUAUCCGAGAUAAGAAGGGAAAGAGCGUAUACAGCGUGUACCAAGAAUUGCCGCAGAAUGACAAGGCGAGGCUGUUGACUGAAUUGGCGAGUAAAUUGUUCAGCAGUGCGUUGGCUGGAUAG